UGGCAAACUAACACCAUGAAGUUUUACAUGUUUGUAGUUACCUUUGCUUUGUUUCUUUUGAAAGGAAUAAAUAUGAGUCCGUUUUCACAGAACAGCCAUGAUACCUGCAGCACAUGGGGACAAGGAGCGAUCAAAACCUACACCAAUGCAUUUUAUCAUUUUACAUCAAAUUGCAACUACAUUUUGAGUCGCCAUUGCCAAGGUGACACGGAAGAUUUCAAUUUGGAGAUGCGGCGUGACGCUAAUGGCAAGUUGGAGCAUAUUUUCAUAAACAUUGAAGGUGUUUUCAUCAUUGUGGCAAAUAAUACAAUCAAGGUUAAAAACAAUAUAGUAUCAUUGCCAUAUAAUGACAAAUUGAUCAGUAUUCAUCCAUAUGGAGUAGAUGUACGCUUUAUAAACAGGAAACAUACUAUAUCUAUCAUCUGGAAUUAUAAUGAUGCACUGUCGAUAACCGUGGAUGUUCAAUACCGUGGGAAACUAUGUGGCCUUUGUGGACCUUAUGAUGAAAGUAUCCCAACAACUUAUGAUUUGGAGUUUACCCUUCAGGCCAACCUGGAUACAAUUGGAGCCUGUGCGACUGCUUUCCCAGAAGAAACUAGUUGCAAUAAAACUGACAUCUGUUUAGAAAUCCCAAAGCUUUUCAAGUCGUGUUCUUCUGAUGCCAUCAACGAUAAUUUCAUAAACAUGUGUCAACUGGAUAGUUGCGCUUGUGGAGGAGCACCCGACUGUCAUUGUGCCAGCUUUGGAAGCGCAUCAAAGCAAUGUGCACAUGUAAAUCCAUCGAUUUGGAAUGCAUGGAGAGAUUUGCACCAAUGCACACAACCUACCUGUCCAGGGAAUCAGGUUUACCAAGAGUGUGGUCCUGCCUGUAUGCCUACCUGCACUGAUCCAUAUUCUCAACAACAGUGUGAUCAAUGUAUUAAUACAUGUAGUUGUCCAGCAGGUACUGUUCUUGAUAACCUAAGAGGUGAUAACAGUUGCGUCAAGCUGAUGGAUUGUCCUUGUGAAUAUGAUGGAAACCUUUAUAGCUCUGGAGAUAUAAGAAAUUCUUCCUGCCUAUCAUGCACCUGCAGAGAUGGAAUGUGGGAAUGUACCGACCUUAACUGUGCUGCAACAUGCAGCAUUGUAGGAGGGACACAUAUAACAACAUUUGAUGGCACACAAUAUAACUUGAUCGGAGAUUGUUCAUACUAUGCAGUAGUUACACGGGACUGGUCAGUAAAAAUUCAAAUACAUCCUUGUCAAGCAGCAUAUGAACAGACAUGUUUACAACAAGUUGUAUUCAUCAUGUACCAGAACACUUACACAAUCAAUAUGAAUGGUAUUUUUACUCAAAAUGGAAAUAUGAUGGGAUUGCCUUUCAGAAACGGUGAUUUAAUAAUAUAUCAACAGUCAUCACAUUACAUUCAUUUCCAUGCCGUGUCUGGACUGAAGAUGCAAAUACAGAUACUUCCCAUCAUGCAACUUUACAUCUCACUGCCCAGAGGUGCUGAGGGAAGUACAAAAGGUUUAUGUGGCACCUUCAAUGCUUGUGCAGACGAUGACUUUCUAUCGGCCUAUGGCAUGUUGGAAAACACUUACUUUACAUUUGCUGAUUCGUGGAAAGACACGGAGGGAUGCCCUUCACCAAGAGUAAAUCCCACAUGUGUCAGUUCAGAAAAUGAAAACUUUGCAAAAGAACAUUGUGCCCAGUUAAAAAACCCUACAGGAGCUUUCUCCAAGUGUCAUUCCACUGUAGAAUUUAACAAGUAUUAUGAAAUGUGUAAAGCUGCCUCAUGUAACUGUGAGAAGGUCAAUGACUGUGUAUGUGCUACAAUCGGAGCAUAUGCCCAUGCUUGUGCUGCGAAGGGUGUCAUCGUGAGGAACUGGAGAGGAUCAGUGUGCAGAGUAAAUUGCCCAAUAACACAGAUUUUUCAUCACGAUAUGAGAGCCUGUAACCGUAUGUGCAGGUUUCUGUCAAAUCCUGAUUUCACAUGUGAGCUUCAAGAUGUUCCAGUUGAUGGUUGCGGCUGUCCUGAGGGAAAGUACAUGAAUGAUGAGAAAGCAUGCGUGAGCAGAUCAGAAUGCCCUUGUUAUGUUGAUGGUUUAUAUCUGCCACCAGGACAAAGUCUUACUUUAAGUGGAAUGCAAUGUUUAUGUCUCAAUGGAGAGCUUUCGUGCCCUCAUGCAACCAAUCCACCAAUCAUACGAGAUUGCAAGAGACAAAAUAAAACAUUUUCGAAUUGUGUCACUGCUGGUGCAUGCAAGAAGACAUGUGAAACGCUGUACAAACCAUGUCCAAACCCAUGUAUCCCGGGCUGUGUCUGCCCUGACGGUUUGGUGGAAGAUUCCAGUGGCGGAUGCAUUGCACCAUCUCAGUGUCCUUGUGUAUUUGGAGGUGAAACCUUUGGGCCUGGAGAAACAAUCAAAAGGGACUGCAAUAAGUGCACAUGCAAAAUUGGCACAUGGGAAUGUACCAAUGAUCCAUGUCCAAAGACAUGCCAUGUUUAUGGAGAUGGACAUUACAUCACCUUUGAUGGAAAGCGAUACACUUUUGAUGGUAACUGUGAAUAUAUCUUUGUUGAGGACCGAUGUGUGCGAGAGAUUGGCACAUUCCAAAUACUGACCGAGAGUGUUCCCUGCUGUGAAAAUGGAGUGACAUGUUCAAGAAACAUCAGAAUCAUAUUUGAGGAUAAAGAAAUAAUUCUGUUGAGUGGAAAUAGAGUGAGUGAAGUAUCCCUUGGCAAAAACCAGUGCACGGAAAAUUUAUAUACAAUUCACAACGUUGGACUUUACUUAGUCAUAACAUUUUCCAAUGGGAUAACUGUGAUAUGGGACAAAAAUACAAGAUUUUCAAUCACAUUAGACCCCAGAUGGAAGAAUAAAGUUUGUGGCCUUUGUGGAAAUUUCAAUGAAAACAUUGAAGACGACUUAACGACGAAGGGGAACUCCUUGGUGACCAGCUUUAUGGCCUUUGGGAACAGUUGGAAGUCCAUGCAGUCAUGCUCUGACACAGUAAACGAAAUAUACCCAUGUGAUAACAAUCCAUAUUGUUUAGCAUGGGCUCAGAAGAGGUGCAGCAUAAUUACUGGCCCAGUCUUUCAAGCUUGUCAUAAAAUGGUUAACCCAACCCCAUUUUAUGAUGCUUGUGUCCAAGAAGCUUGUGUUUGUGAUAUGGAGGGAAAAUACCAGGGUUUAUGUACUGCUAUUGCUGUGUACGCAGAGGCUUGCAACAAAGCUGAUGUUUGCAUUCGCUGGAGAACCCCUGAAUUCUGCCCUGUAUUCUGUGACUAUUAUAACAGUCUUGGUGACUGCAGUUGGCAUUAUCAGCCGUGUGGAACAACAACAACAAAAACUUGCACAAGGCAAAAGUACUCUGCAAGUCUAGAAGGUUGCUAUGCAAAGUGCCCAAAUAAUGCACCUUACUUGGAUGAAAAUAUUAUGAAAUGUGUUACACUACCACAGUGCACAUGUUAUAAUGAUGGGAGAAUACUACAACCUGGUCAAACAACAAUAAGUGAUUGUGAAGAAUGUACAUGCCAUCAUGGAAUCACUACUUGCGAAAGAAUAAAGACCACAACUGUUCCAUCUACAACACUGUUGACCACAACUCCACUUACAUCAACUUCAACAAUGUCUUCACCAACCACUAGCCCAGUGCCAGUCUGUUUGGGUGUAUGGUCUCCUUGGUCUAAUAAGCAUACACCAUCAGCGUUAUUUCCAGAUGAUUAUGAAUUGUUGAAACCAUAUGGCAAUAAAAUGUGCCCAUCUUCUUCCGAUGAAAUUACUAAUAUUGAGUGCCAAUUUGCUGACCAUCCUGAUUGGCCACUAAGUGCAUCGCCAGAUCCUGUGACCUGCAUUAAAGACAUAGGAUUGAUCUGCACGUUCUCUGGAAAUGCUAUUCGCCAAUUUUGUAGUGACUACAGAAUUAGAGUUUGCUGCGAGCCAACUGAGACUACAACUGUCCCCACGACUACAACUGAGUCUACCACCAGUCCCACGACUGAAGAAACAACAACAACAACAACAACAACAACAACAACAACAACAACAACAACAACACCCACGACCACCACAGAAUCUACCACCAGUCCUACAACUGAAAAAACAACUCCCACGGUGACACCAAGCACCACCACCACCUACACAACAGAAAAAACAACAACUACAACAGAGCCAACCACAACCGAGUCUACCACCAGCCCCACAACUGAAAAAACUACAACAACAGCGACAACAACAACAGAAUCUACCACCAGUCCCACAACUGAAGAAACAUCAACUGUGACAUCAACCAGCAUUCCUUCCACAACAGUGCCAGUCUGUUUGGGUGUAUGGUCUCCUUGGUCUAAUAAGCAUACACCAUCAGCGUUAUUUCCAGAUGAUUAUGAAUUGUUGAAACCAUAUGGCAAUAAAAUGUGCCCAUCUUCUUCCGAUGAAAUUACUAAUAUUGAGUGCCAAUUUGCUGACCAUCCUGAUUGGCCACUAAGUGCAUCGCCAGAUCCUGUGACCUGCAUUAAAGACAUAGGAUUGAUCUGCACGUUCUCUGGAAAUGCUAUUCGCCAAUUUUGUAGUGACUACAGAAUUAGAGUUUGCUGCGAGCCAACUGAGACUACAACUGUCCCCACGACUACAACUGAGUCUACCACCAGUCCCACGACUGAAGAAACAACAACAACAACAACAACAACAACAACAACACCCACGACCACCACAGAAUCUACCACCAGUCCUACAACUGAAGAAACAACUCCCACGGUGACACCAAGCACCACCACCACCUACACAACAGAAAAAACAACAACUACAACAGAGCCAACCACAACCGAGUCUACCACCAGCCCCACAACUGAAAAAACUACAACAACAGCGACAACAACAACAGAAUCUACCACCAGUCCCACAACUGAAGAAACAUCAACUGUGACAUCAACCAGCAUUCCUUCCACAACAGUGCCAGUCUGUUUGGGUGUAUGGUCUCCUUGGUCUAAUAAGCAUACACCAUCAGCGUUAUCUCCAGAUGAUUAUGAAUUGUUGAAACCAUAUGGCAAUAAAUUGUGCCCAUCUUCUUCCGAUGAAAUUACUAAUAUUGAGUGCCAAUUUGCUGACCAUCCUAAUUGGCCACUAAGUGCAUCGCCAGAUCCUGUGACCUGCAUUAAAGACAUAGGAUUGAUCUGCACGUUCUCUGGAAAUGCUAUUCGCCAAUUUUGUAGUGACUACAGAAUUAGAGUGUGCUGCGAGCCAACUGAGACUACAACUGUCCCCACGACUACAACUGAGUCUACCACCAGUCCCACGACUGAAGAAACAACAACAACAACAACAACAACAACACCCACGACCACCACAGAAUCUACCACCAGUCCUACAACUGAAGAAACAACUCCCACGGUGACACCAAGCACCACCACCACCUACACAACAGAAAAAACAACAACUACAACAGAGCCAACCACAACCGAGUCUACCACCAGCCCCACAACUGAAAAAACUACAACAACAGCGACAACAACAACAGAAUCUACCACCAGUCUCACAACUGAAGAAACAUCAACUGUGACAUCAACCAGCAUUCCUUCCACAACAGUGCCAGUCUGUUUGGGUGUAUGGUCUCCUUGGUCUAAUAAGCAUACACCAUCAGCGUUAUCUCCAGAUGAUUAUGAAUUGUUGAAACCAUAUGGCAAUAAAUUGUGCCCAUCUUCUUCCGAUGAAAUUACUAAUAUUGAGUGCCAAUUUGCUGACCAUCCUAAUUGGCCACUAAGUGCAUCGCCAGAUCCUGUGACCUGCAUUAAAGACAUAGGAUUGAUCUGCACGUUCUCUGGAAAUGCUAUUCGCCAAUUUUGUAGUGACUACAGAAUUAGAGUGUGCUGCGAGCCAACUGAGACUACAACUGUCCCCACGACUACAACUGAGUCUACCACCAGUCCCACGACUGAAGAAACAACAACAACAACAACAACAACAACAACACCCACGACCACCACAGAAUCUACCACCAGUCCUACAACUGAAGAAACAACUCCCACGGUGACACCAAGCACCACCACCACCUACACAACAGAAAAAACAACAACUACAACAGAGCCAACCACAACCGAGUCUACCACCAGCCCCACAACUGAAAAAACUACAACAACAGCGACAACAACAACAGAAUCUACCACCAGUCUCACAACUGAAGAAACAUCAACUGUGACAUCAACCAGCAUUCCUUCCACAACAGUGCCAGUCUGUUUGGGUGUAUGGUCUCCUUGGUCUAAUAAGCAUACACCAUCAGCGUUAUCUCCAGAUGAUUAUGAAUUGUUGAAACCAUAUGGCAAUAAAUUGUGCCCAUCUUCUUCCGAUGAAAUUACUAAUAUUGAGUGCCAAUUUGCUGACCAUCCUAAUUGGCCACUAAGUGCAUCGCCAGAUCCUGUGACCUGCAUUAAAGACAUAGGAUUGAUCUGCACGUUCUCUGGAAAUGCUAUUCGCCAAUUUUGUAGUGACUACAGAAUUAGAGUGUGCUGCGAGCCAACUGAGACUACAACUGUCCCCACGACUACAACUGAGUCUACCACCAGUCCCACGACUGAAGAAACAACAACAACAACAACAACAACAACAACACCCACGACCACCACAGAAUCUACCACCAGUCCUACAACUGUGCCAGACUGUUUGGGUGUAUGGUCUCAUUGGCAUAAUAAAAAUACACCGUCAGCGUCAUCUCCACAUGAUUAUGAAUUGUUGAAAACAUAUGGCCAUACAUUUUGCCCAUCUUCUUCCGAUGAAAUUACUGAUAUUCAGUGCCAAUUUGCCGACCAUCCUGCCUGGCCACUAAGUGUAUCGUCAGAUCUUGUGACCUGCAAUAAAGACAUAGGUUUGAUCUGCACGUUCUCUGGAAAUCCUUUUGGCAACUUUUGUCAUGACUACAGAAUUAGAGUUUGCUGCGUGCCAACUGAGACUACAACUGUCCCCAUGCCUACAACUGAGUCUACAACCAGUCCCACAACUGAAACAUCUACAACAACCAGCACAACUGAGCCCACAACCACUUCCACAACUGAAGAAACAACAACAACAACAACAACAACAACAACAGAGACAACCACAACUGAGUCUACCACCAGUCCCACAACUGAAGAAACAACAACAACAACAGCCACGACCACAACAGAAUCUACCACCAGUCCUACAACUGUGCCAGACUGUUUGGGUGUAUGGUCUCAUUGGCAUAAUAAAAAUACACCGUCAGCGUCAUCUCCACAUGAUUAUGAAUUGUUGAAAACAUAUGGCCAUACAUUUUGCCCAUCUUCUUCCGAUGAAAUUACUAAUAUUCAGUGCCAAUUUGCCGACCAUCCUGCCUGGCCACUAAGUGUAUCGUCAGAUCUUGUGACCUGCAAUAAAGACAUAGGUUUGAUCUGCACGUUCUCUGGAAAUCCUUUUGGCAACUUUUGUCAUGACUACAGAAUUAGAGUUUGCUGCGUGCCAACUGAGACUACAACUGUCCCCAUGACUACAACUGAGUCUACAACCAGUCCCACAACUGAAACAUCUACAACAACCAGCACAACUGAGCCCACAACCACUUCCACAACUGAAGAAACAACAACAACAACAACAACAACAACAACAGAGGCAACCACAACUGAGUCUACCACCAGUCCCACAACUGAAGAAACAACAACAACAACAGCCACGACCACAACAGAAUCUACCACCAGUCCUACAACUGUGCCAGACUGUUUGGGUGUAUGGUCUCAUUGGCAUAAUAAAAAUACACCGUCAGCGUCAUCUCCACAUGAUUAUGAAUUGUUGAAAACAUAUGGCCAUACAUUUUGCCCAUCUUCUUCCGAUGAAAUUACUAAUAUUCAGUGCCAAUUUGCCGACCAUCCUGCCUGGCCACUAAGUGUAUCGUCAGAUCUUGUGACCUGCAAUAAAGACAUAGGUUUGAUCUGCACGUUCUCUGGAAAUCCUUUUGGCAACUUUUGUCAUGACUACAGAAUUAGAGUUUGCUGCGUGCCAACUGAGACUACAACUGUCCCCAUGACUACAACUGAGUCUACAACCAGUCCCACAACUGAAACAUCUACAACAACCAGCACAACUGAGCCCACAACCACUUCCACAACUGAAGAAACAACAACAACAACAACAACAACAACAACAGAGACAACCACAACUGAGUCUACCACCAGUCCCACAACUGAAGAAACAACAACAACAACAGCCACGACCACAACAGAAUCUACCACCAGUCCUACAACUGUGCCAGACUGUUUGGGUGUAUGGUCUCAUUGGCAUAAUAAAAAUACACCAUCAGCGUCAUCUCCACAUGAUUAUGAAUUGUUGAAAACAUAUGGCCAUACAUUUUGCCCAUCUUCUUCCGAUGAAAUUACUAAUAUUCAGUGCCAAAUUGCCAACCAUCCUGACUGGCCACUAAGUGUAUCGUCAGAUCUUGUGACCUGCAAUAAAGACAUAGGUUUGAUCUGCACGUUCUCUGGAAAUCCUUUUGGCAACUUUUGUCAUGACUACAGAAUUAGAGUUUGCUGCGUGCCAACUGAGACUACAACUGUCCCCAUGCCUACAACUGAGUCUACAACCAGUCCCACAACUGAAACAUCUACAACAACCAGCACAACUGAGCCCACAACCACUUCCACAACUGAAGAAACAACAACAACAACAACAACAACAACAACAGAGACAACCACAACUGAGUCUACCACCAGUCCCACAACUGAAGAAACAACAACAACAACAGCCACGACCACAACAGAAUCUACCACCAGUCCUACAACUGUGCCAGACUGUUUGGGUGUAUGGUCUCAUUGGCAUAAUAAAAAUACACCAUCAGCGUCAUCUCCACAUGAUUAUGAAUUGUUGAAAACAUAUGGCCAUACAUUUUGCCCAUCUUCUUCCGAUGAAAUUACUAAUAUUCAGUGCCAAAUUGCCAACCAUCCUGACUGGCCACUAAGUGUAUCGUCAGAUCUUGUGACCUGCAAUAAAGACAUAGGUUUGAUCUGCACGUUCUCUGGAAAUCCUUUUGGCAACUUUUGUCAUGACUACAGAAUUAGAGUUUGCUGCGUGCCAACUGAGACUACAACUGUCCCCAUGACUACAACUGAGUCUACAACCAGUCCCACAACUGAAACAUCUACAACAACCAGCACAACUGAGCCCACAACCACUUCCACAACUGAAGAAACAACAACAACAACAACAACAACAACAACAGAGACAACCACAACUGAGUCUACCACCAGUCCCACAACUGAAGAAACAACAACAACAACAGCCACGACCACAACAGAAUCUACCACCAGUCCUACAACUGUACCAGACUGUUUGGGUGUAUGGUCUCAUUGGCAUAAUAAAAAUACACCAUCAGCGUCAUCUCCACAUGAUUAUGAAUUGUUGAAAACAUAUGGCCAUACAUUUUGCCCAUCUUCUUCCGAUGAAAUUACUAAUAUUCAGUGCCAAAUUGCCAACCAUCCUGACUGGCCACUAAGUGUAUCGUCAGAUCUUGUGACCUGCAAUAAAGACAUAGGUUUGAUCUGCACGUUCUCUGGAAAUCCUUUUGGCAACUUUUGUCAUGACUACAGAAUUAGAGUUUGCUGCGUGCCAACUGAGACUACAACUGUCCCCAUGACUACAACUGAGUCUACAACCAGUCCCACAACUGAAACAUCUACAACAACCAGCACAACUGAGCCCACAACCACUUCCACAACUGAAGAAACAACAACAACAACAACAACAACAACAACAUCAACAGAGACAACCACAACUGAGUCUACCACCAGUCCCACAACUGAAGAAACAACAACAACAACAGCCACGACCACCACAGAAUCUACUACCACUCCUACAACUGAAGAAACUACAGUCCCUGAAGAAUGCUUCUGUGAUUCAGAUCCACCAAGAAGGUGCAAUGAAACAUGGAAAGAGAACUGUGCAACCCUUACUUGUGUUAAAGACGAAAUGUUCAAAAUUGAACAUGUUGCCUGUGCAUUACCUGUGAAACCAAGAUGUUACAAUGGGUUAAAACCUGUCAGAGUUGAAUCUCAAGAUGGUUGCUGUUCAAAGUGGGAUUGUGAAUAUGAUUGUCAGAUAUGGGGAGGACAACAUUAUCGUACCUUUGAUGGGAUAUUCUAUAACUUCUUUGAAAAUUGUACACAUAUUCUCGUGCAAGAAAUUAUCCCAAAAUACAAUUUUACGGUGAUACUCGAUAAUUAUUAUUGCACAUCAUCAGCGGCUAAAUCCUGUCAACAAACAUUAAUUAUCCAUUACCAAGGAAAUGUCAUAUAUUUAACAACCGGACAUCAACCUAGUAUUACAUUCAAUGGAAAUGCUGAGAGCUUUCCAUAUAAUGCAGAAGGAAUUUACAUUUCAAAGAUGGGUGUCAAUGUGCGUGUUCAUAUUCCUUACAUUCGAACCACUAUUACUGGUCACAAACAUGUCAUCAAGAUUCAAGUACCGGAGCAAUACUUCCGAGAUAACACACAAGGACAAUGCGGUUGUCUAUCCAGAAAUGUGAAUGAUGAAUGUAAAAGAAGAAAUGGAAAAGCAGAGCCUCCUAGCUGCUGCCACAAAACUGCAUUUGACUGGAAGGUUGAUGACCCAAAUAAACCAGAGUGCAGAGCAGCUCCUACAAACGUGCCCUGCGCUCCACCUCCUCCUCCUCCAUCAUGUGAACAUGAAACUGUGUGUGAUGUCCUGAAAGGAAAUUCAUUCAGUGGUUGCAGAAACAAUAAGUAUUUCGACUUCUACAACCAGGCAUGUCAGUACGACAACUGCGGGACAAAUUCCACAGAAACUAAUUGUUCCAGUGGUGAAGAUGGCAGUUGUGAGUCACGUCCAGAUUCACAUUCAGGUCCAGGUUCAAAUUCCGGAUCAGGGCCAGAUUCAAGUCCAGGUCCAGGUUCAAAUUCCGGAUCAGGGCCAGGUUCAAAUUCCGGAUCACGGCCAGGUUCAAAUUCCGGAUCAGGGCCAGGUUCAAAUUCCGGAUCACGGCCAGGUUCAAAUUCCGGAUCAGGGCCAGGUUCAAAUUCCGGAUCAGGGCCAGGUUCGCGUCCAGGUUCAGGUUCAAAUUCCGGAUCAGGUUCAGGUUCCGCCGAAGAUGGUUGCUCCAGCCGUGAAGGUGGCAACUGUGGGUCGAAUCCCAGAAGACCUGACUGUUCCAGCUUGGAAGCAGCUGCCCAAAUGUGCAAUAGAGCGGGACAGUGUGUCGACUGGAGAUCAUCUGCAAAAGGAUUAUGUGACUACAUUUGUCCGGAUGGUUUCAUCUAUAAAGCCUGUUCCAGACGUGAUCACAAUUAUUGUAAGAACAAGUAAGUAUUUUAUGAUAGA